AAUUUUGCUUUUUACUAAUUUCUGAAAUCAAAAUAUUUUAAAGUGUGUCGAGUAUUACUUUAAAAUUAAGUUUCAGGAAAAAAUGUCGAUCCUUAAUGAUAUGACGUUUGAGAAAUUAAAGUCCAUGCAAGUUGAUCACAUUUCUAAUUGUAUGAGUAGUACGUCAGUUCUGCAAAUUUGUCGAGAAAGCCGCGCUGAUCCUAAUAAUAUUUACAAUAUUUGGGUUCACAAACUUUUCCAAGCUUAUGAUAUAUCAGAAUUUCAAUACAAUGAUUGGUUUCAGAUAAUUGCAUAUUUAAAGAGUUUGGCCGCUGACGUGAUAAAAGAUACAAGGGUAAAUCAGAAUACUUUAAGAACCCCUAAUUUACUUGCUUCCACCGAAACGACCAUUAAUUCCACAAAAGAAUGGAAAUUGUUGUCAGAUACUCAACAAUUAAUAACAAGAUUUGAAACUAUAAUAACUAAUUCUAAGACUGAUGUUGCCAUUUGGAGUCUGCUAAUAAGUUUUACACUUGAAGUGUUUGUUAUGCUUUUGAAAACAGAUAAGAAAGGUCACGUGCUUGCGCUUGUAAUUGCACAACGACGAUUGCUAAUUUUAAUCACAGAAUCCAUUAACACUAUCAAAGUCAAAAAUGGUUAUGAAUUCGAAGCAGUUGUUCAAGUUUUAACGAUUUUAUGCGAUGUAAGCUCUUUGUUAACUUCAGUGAACUUUAAAAUAGCUAUUGAAGGUUGGCAUGCGGUUGGUAAGCUUAGCUAUACCUGCCAGGUAUUAUCGAAAUCGUUUGAAGAUGGUAAAGAAAGUCUACAAAACGGUAAAAUGAUUGAUUGGUCGAUGCAACCUUCCUUAAAAAUCUUAAAGGAAAUAAAGAAAUAUUUGCAUUAUCUUCAAGAACGAAAAGACGAAUGUGGCGAAAGCUUUUUAAAAGUUAUCUCUUUCUAUUCAAAACUAUUAAGGCAUCUAUGUAGUCGAACUUUGCCAGUCCUAAAGGAAUUCCUUGAAAUAUAUAUUUUGAAUAAACAUAUUUUUCAACAAAGAAAUUGCGGAGCGAUUGGAAAAGUUAUCGAUCAAGAGUUUUAUGAAAUGUUUUCAAAAAUAUAUCAAGAGAAAGAAGUGGGGAAAAUUGUCGUGUUGCAUAUUUCCGAAGACGCCAGCGCGCAUUUCCUUGGUUGUAAUUUCAUUCAAGAUUAUUUAACGGUUUGCCUGGACAACCAUUAUCAACAUCAAUAUUUCAUUAUGAAUAAUGUUAAAUUUUUUCUUCAAAUAUUUUUCAAAUUAUUUGAAACUCCUAUGAUUUAUGCUGAUUGUCGAAAAUAUAAUGAAGUUUUGGAAUAUUAUGCUGUCUUAAUGUUGUUAGAUUCAAGCUAUUGUUUACAUCGACAUUUUUGCAAAUUUGUCUUGGAGGAAAAGUGGAUUUUGGCUUUUACCAGUUUGCAAGUAUUAAAAAUUUAUUACAGUUACCAACAUUUCAAGAUGGACUCCUAUGCUGUGAGUUUGGAAUUCUGGAUGAAAUGCUUAGGACAUUGCACCGUGCAUAAAUUUAAUGAAAGAAUAUUCUUUAUACAAGAUUUAACAAAAUCCUUGAUUGCCAGAAUUCCUGAGCACAUACUUUCUGAGCAGGGCGAGAGAUUAAGGGAAUUGCUAUUGUUUGUCAAUGAUAAACAUAAUGCUUCUCCUUUGAGUCUCCGUUUCGACUCAGAUUUGCAAAAACUAAAGAAGCUAAAUGGAAACUUUACGGGAGUUAUAACUAAAUUGAAUCUCCUAAUUCAAAACCCCAAGUAUAUCAAUGACUCUAUUAUGGAUUCAAUAGUGCAAGUAUUUGAAUAUCUUCUAAAACACCGUCCUUCUUGUGAUUACUCACGUCUUCAAUUAUUUUUCGAUUGCUGCUUUAAACUAUUUGUCAAUUUCUCUUUAGAAAAUGUUAAUAAGAAAAUUAUGAAAUGCUUGGAAGAGAACGAUAAAAAUGUUAUUUCGAUUUGCUCAGUUUUCAUGUUAGAAUUUAUAAUUAAAUAUCGAAAGCAAUUAUUAUAUAAAAUUCUACCAGAAUAUCUAGGAAAAUCUUUAGAAAAGGUUGUAGUCUUACUCGAUGUCAAAUUUAUAAACAAAGAGAGUCAAAAAGAAGAAUUGAAGAUCUUUUUAACCUUGCCCAAACUAAAUAUGGAAUUGUUACCCUUAAUGGAUUAUGCAACCAAUUUUAGAAAGAAUCCACAUCAAGACGUAAGGCCGUCUUAUAAUGUUAAAACAAUUUUAAAUAAUUUAUUAGCACAAUCAACUGAAUUGAAAAACAUGCGGACUCAUUUUGAUGAGGAAGAUGUCCACAUUUUAGAAAAAAUUAAACAUAAUGUAGAUAAGUGCUAUGAAAUUUAAAUUUUAUUACAAAAAAAUUUUUU